UUUACAGAUAUUAAAAUGUCCCACAAAUCUUGUGUAGAAUUAAGCGAAAUCCGAAAAUUGGAUAAGAUAGUGCAACAGUGUGAGAUGUACAUGUCCAAUAACAAUAUCAACGAUGCCGCAAAAAAGCCGCCUUUGAAAGAGUUUAAAAGAAAUUGUGUAACAAAGUCUAAUAAAUUUGUUGAAAGAGAACUAUUUUCCCUCAUGUGCAACCUCAACAAAACUGAAAAGAAACAAGUUUUUGUUUCAGAUAUAUUGAUAAACGCCAGUAUGUUCGAUGACAAAAAGGAGAGUUUAUCAAGAUUCCCGAAAAAUGUGGCGGAGCACGGCACCCUCGUCUAUCAUAAAUUCCUACGGGCCAGUGACAGCAGCGUUUCCAUUGAUCUCAAAAUCAAAUCGAAAGCUGAAGGGAAAUACGAGCACAGUGAAAGGAAUAUAGCCGACUGCUACUUUUCGCCUCUGAUAUUACAAAUUAAUAAUAAAAAAGAAUGUUUGAAGAGAGUCAAAACUAUUAGAAGUGAACAUCAACUUGAACCAUCCAAUAUUACUUCGAGAGGUGAUAUUAAGUCGACACAAUCAAAAAGCUAUAUCAAUAAAAAAACGGUCAAAAAAUGUGUGAAAUGCGAUAAAAAGAAACUAUAUUUUCGGUAUCAGAGUUCAGAGAGAGAGUGCGAAUCGUUUUGCUCGUAUAAAAACAAUAAUGAUGUUUAUCGAAGUCAUAAGGGUAGUAGCAGCUCUUAUGAAUGCAUGCUUAAUAAUAUCAAGUACAACCGCCCGAUUGAGAAGUCGGUUGAGAACGGAUUGGGAGAGCACUUCGACGAUGUUUUGGACAAAGAAGCUCUGCUUGGAUCAAAGAGUGAACCCAAGAUGCAAGAACCCAUUGAGACGAUUAUUUCUUUACGCGGGAACAUAUUACAUGACCAAAAGCUGCAAAACAACAAGUACCAUAAAUGGACACUUUUGCACUACUCGCCAUUUAAAGCUGUAUGGGAUUGGAUUAUUUUAAUACUUGUUAUGUAUACUGCAAUAUUUACGCCAUAUGUUGCUGCAUUUCUGCUGGGUGAAAAAGAUUACCAAAGAAGAAAUAACAAAUAUAUAAACUCAGAUCCCAUUGUCAUAAUAGAUUUAAUCGUCGACGUUACAUUUAUCGUCGACAUUCUUAUUAACUUUCGAACUACUUUUGUGAACGGUCAGGAUGAAGUGGUAUCCCAUCCAGGACGUAUAGCCGUUCAUUAUUUGAGCGGAUGGUUCCUUAUUGAUUUGGUGGCAGCGGUUCCCUUCGACUUGCUUCUGGUUGGCGAUGAUGAGACCGAUGAGACUACUACCCUAAUCGGACUACUAAAAACUGCUCGACUCUUAAGAUUGGUUCGUGUUGCACGUAAAAUUGACCGGUAUUCGGAAUAUGGUGCCGCUGUACUUAUAUUGCUAAUGGCCACGUUUAUUUUGAUUGCCCAUUGGUUGGCCUGCAUAUGGUACGCAAUUGGAAACGCUGAAAAAUCAAUGGCUACGAAAAAUAUAGGCUGGUUGCAUUCCCUAUCUUUUGAUAUUCAAGAGCCUUAUUUUGAAAACAAAACUGGUGGACCUUCAAUAAAGUCACGCUAUAUUACAGCUUUGUACUUCACAUUUACGUCACUCACCUCUGUUGGAUUUGGAAAUGUUGCGCCUAACACGGAUGCCGAAAAAGCGUUCACAAUAUGUGUUAUGCUAGUUGGAUCUCUCAUGUAUGCCAGUAUUUUUGGAAACGUGUCAGCUAUAAUACAAAGACUUUACUCGGGAACUGCAAGGUACCAUACUCAAAUGUUGCGCGUUCGGGAAUUCGUGCGCUUUCACCAGAUUCCAAAUCCUCUGAGACAGAGACUGGAAGAAUAUUUUCAACAUGCGUGGACAUACACCAAUGGAAUUGACAUGAACUCGCUCUUGAAAGGCUUUCCAGAGUGUCUCCAAGCAGAUAUAUGUUUGCAUUUGAAUAGAAAGCUAUUGACAACGUGCCCAGCCUUUUCAAACGCUAGCCCAGGAUGCUUGAGAGCUUUCUCUCUUAAAUUCAAAACCACUCAUGCGCCACCAGGGGAUAUUUUAGUACACAGGGGAGAUGUACUUACCUCUUUGUUUUUUAUUGCACGAGGAUCGAUAGAAAUUCAAAGAAACAGUAACGCGAUCGUCGUCUUAGGAAAAAAUGACAUAUUUGGCGAGAACCCAUGCAUGUACCCAACGCUUGGUAAAUCUAAUGGUGUCGUUAGGGCGCUGACCUAUUGCGACAUUCAUAAGAUACACAGAGAUGAUUUGCUGGACGUUCUUGAUCUGUAUCCUGAAUUUCUUGAAAGUUUCGUUAACAACCUGGUCCUUACAUACAAUAUGAGAGAUGACGAUAAUUGCGGUGUCGACGUUAAACAUCGCUACUUGAGGGCAAGGAAUUCUGAUAAUAUGAGGAGCUCAAGUGAUAUACCUUCUAUAAGAAUAGUUGGAUUACGUUAUAAAAAUCAUAAAUUAAAUACUUCUGUCCAUAAAGUGAAAACGGAGAAUUCCCGAGAUCUUAAUAUAUUCAUUGAAAAUGAAAUCGCAAACUAUCAUUUAGAUCUAUUUGAAAAUAAUAAUUAAGCACAGAUACAAUUA